CCUAUGCUAGAAUCUGGAGCCGUAGAACUACUAUGUAGUUUGACUCUAAGUGAGAAUCCUGCCCUGCGUGUCAAUGGCAUCUGGGCUUUAAUGAACAUGGCAUUUCAAGCUGACCAGAAGAUAAAAUCCGACAUUUUAAGAGGUCUAAGCACAGAGCAGUUGUUUCGACUAUUGUCUGAUUCCGAUGUGAAUGUAUUGAUGAAAACAUUGGGACUUCUCAGAAACCUGUUGUCUACAAGGCCAACACUUUGUAUACUCGCUAAUAUAGCAGAUGGUACUUCAGCAAAAGACCUUAUCAUGACGAAUGAUGAUAUUUUACAGAAGAUCAAGUAUUAUGUGGGUCAUUCCAAUCUGAAACUCCAGUUGGCUGCAAUGUUCUGCAUAGAAAAUCUUGCGUGGAAUGAAGAGGAAGGCUCGCAAGGGCGUCAGGAUAAGCUGCGAGAAAUUGGGAUUGUUGACAUCCUGCACAAAUUGAGUCAAUCAACAGACCCAUACCUCUGUGACAAGGCAAAAACUGCACUACAGCAAUAUCUUGCAUGA